UUUUUUACCUAGCUAAUUAUGUCCCUGUGCUGGACCUCCUUGUAAUUAUUGCACGUUACCAUUGAAUUAAAGUAUUUUGUCAAUAUUAAACUAAAAUGAAUCAUAUGAUACCAAAGCUUGGGUCCAAGACUGGAGUACUCAAUACGAGUAAAAUUAAUAAAAGUAAGGUUGAAUUAACCAAAGAAAAUUACGAAAAGAAUUGGAACCACUGGAGGAUAGCCAUGGGCAUGGGCGGCGCCAUGGACAGCUGCGGCCGGUGUCUGAAGUACUCAUUGAUAUGUAUCAAUGUAGUCACUCUCAUAGCUGGCAUCAUCGCCUUCUCCCUGGGCAUAUGGGUGUGGUCACAGCGGUCUUUCUCCACCACGCUGCUCAGCAGCAACAUGUUCGUGGCCUCGCUGGGCGUGGUCAUCGUUAUGGGAGCGGCUAUCAUGUUGCUGUCGCUACUGGGGUGCUGCGGCGCUGCUAAGGAAGUCAAGUGUAUGCUGCUGACCUAUUACAUCAUAGUCUUCAUCAUAUUUGUGGUGAUGCUAGUCGGGGGGAUACUUCAGUUCGUCUUCAGAGAAAAAGCGCUCUCCACCCUAGACCGGGAGCUUUACGCGGCCAUCCCGUAUUACGGAGCGAAGCACGAAUACACUAAGGCCUGGGAUGAUACGCAGACGUAUUUGCAGUGCUGUGGAGUCAGAGGAUCUAAGGACUGGAAUGGAAAUAUACCGGAGAGCUGCUGCCAGGAGGUCUAUCCUGGGAAGCGGCGAGACUGCAGGGCAUCUCCGAACCCUACGACGAUGUACGUGGACGGCUGCUUGGACAAGGUCGUGGACUUCUUGCGACAGAACGCGGUCUACGUCGGCGUGGCCGCCAUCAUCGUCGCACUUAUCAUGUUAAUAGCAUUAAUAUUGGCGUGUGGAUUGUUUGUUAAAAUAGAGUGACCAUGAGGAACAGAUGUGGACUUCGAAACGUAAAAUAUACUGACUGUUUAGCUUCGUGAUCAAUCGUUUGCUUCGUACGGUAACAAUGUCAAAUCUGAUUUUUUUAAUUUAUUAAAUAAAUGUAAAAUUAA